CUUAAAAUUUUAUUGUUUAAUUCGAUAUUAGAAAAAUUUCUAAAAAGUAUUAGAUUCUAUUAGAAAGUAGAUUCUUCUAAAUGUCAAACUGCCAUAUCUAUUUUUUUUUUUAAUUAUGUAAACCAUUCAGGGAGGUAUCUGAAGGGAAAUAUAUGAAUUGUAUUUGUAUAAAAUUCUUAUAAUACAGUCAUGUUUGGCACUCUAUUUAAAAAUAGCAAAUUUUCAUAUACAUGUUUAAAUUACUAUAUUUUUUUGGCCAUUACUGAUUACAAAUUCUCUUAUCUGUUAAAUGUUGUGAAUAAAUGUGGAAUUCAGUUAUGUUGCUGCUGGCUUAUAAAUCGUACUUUAAUCCCUUUUAUUACAGGCGUCAGCUAACUUGCUAACUGGAUUCGUCGUACUGCGUCGGUAAAUUCACCGCCAAUGAAACUACUGUGUGGACAGAUUGAGCGAGAAACUACGACGCCAACAACUUAAAAAGAAAAUCUCUAUGCCAUGAGGACUUCUUCCAAGACUUCAGAUCUGUGUUCGGCCAUGUAUGGUCUUUUUCUCCUGUUCGCCGUGCUGCUGUCGUAUUGUGCUGACAAUAGUGUCCACGCCCAGAUCGUGGCCUCUGCCGGCGAGACGGUCAUCCUGCCCUGCUACAUCAACGUCAGCCGGGACAUCCCGACAGUGGAGUGGUCCAAGGUGGGUCCUGAACUCAACAUCGCCUUCCUGUACCGGGACGGCUGCGAGACCUUCGAGAUGAAGAAUCCGCUCUUCCGGUACAGGACGAACCUGAACAUGAACGAGGUGAAGAACGGCGACGUCUCGCUGAGGAUGUCCGACGUGCGGCCCUCGGAUGCGGGAAAAUACCAAUGCCUGAUUCUUCACACGAGGAACAGCCAUGUUGCCGCAACGCUGGAGCUCGUCGUGUGUGCCGCCGCCGAGCCCACACUCUCCAGGUUCCAGGUUCCAGGUGUGGGUGUGACUCUGCAGUGCGAGGCGAGCGGUCGGUCGCCGCAGCUUGAGAUCACAUUUCUUGACGAUCAGGAGAAGAACAUCAGCGCUGGGAACCUGAAGCGACAUCAAGAUCCCAGGGGAUGUGUCACCGUCGUGAGGAGGGUGACUGUGCUGACUGAGACCAACAGGGUCACUUGCCGAGUUCACCAGCCUCCAAUGAACGAGCCCAGAGACGCACACGUUUACAUAACAGAUACAGUCAAGACCAUAAACUCCUGCGCUAAAACCUGCAGCGUCGCCGUUACCGUGGCGAUCCUGUUUCUUUCGGGGCUGGGUGUAGCCAUAUAUUCCUGCAAAAAAUAUGGCAACUGUGUGGGGAGAAAAAUCAAGUCAGCCAAGGAGUCAAGAGAAGAAAGUGAAACAAACGGGAAGAAAGAGGUUCACCGCCCGACAGACCCUUCUCACAUCGUUGUAAAUAUCCCAAGACAAAUUUGGAAGGAGGAGGAACAGGGGUUUAAACUUCAAGGCAAAGAGACGCAGGAACUGAAAUCUAAGCAAACUCCUGUCGCGUUCUUUCAGGGCCUGUGGAUCGAACGCAGUCCUCCCAAAUCCUCAUCAGGCUUCUCAAAACCCAGUAGCAGAAUCCGACACCGGGUUUCCCACGGCAGCAAUCCAAAUCCAGUGGCCUCGCCCAACAACAACGAUCCGGAGUCUCUCAACUUACCCCAGAACAAAGAUCCAAAACCUGGCGUCCCGGGCCAAACUCCAGCACUGGUCCGCCCAAUCAAGAGGAACCUCAGCAGUCCUGCUCUCGGCGCCAUGUCGUCCAGUUCCUCUUCAGCCUCCUCUUCGAAGGACACGCAUCUUGAGUACUCGGUUGUGACUAGAAACCGCUACGGUGUGCUGUCAGACUUAUCAGAGGUCUCACCGUUGUUGCCUCCCGGACGGAUGCACCUCUGUACCGAUUAAUUACCCGGACUUUGUCGACAAAGUUUCCCUGAUUUUUUUUUUUCAAGAAAAUCCGUCGUAAUAGAAGGGAUGGAUUAAGCUAAAUUACCGGGCGGGUGGUGGACUGACUCUAUGAGUGUGAGCACUUUGGUGGGGCCUUGUUGGAUUAAAGGCCUGUUGGGCCUUGGUGGUGGAGAUAUGAAAUCUACUCAGUGACUUGCUUCUUUCCUGUCGUCACGUGACCUGGAUGAGGUCACCUCUAGAGCCCGGCCGAUAUUAUCGAUUGGCCGAUGAUAUCGGCCGGUUUUAGCCUUUCACAGACAUGUUGGUAUACCGGCCGAUAUCUAAAGAGCCCAACCAAUAUGAGCCUUUAAUUUUUUUUUUUCACUUUAUAGUCAUUUAUGAUAAAGUUUAUGGUUAAACUGAAAUAUGAAGUCUUCAUUACAUUUCUCUGUCAUAAAGGUUUGAUAAUGA